UAGUGCAGUGGAAGUGUUCAAACAGCGUUGUUAUCAACUGCAUCAAUAUGGAGCAUGCACGCUUUUUACUCUCAGACAUGGAUAUGGAAAAUAUUAUAUAUGAUGACAAAUCAUCUGAAGGUAAACCUGAUAUCUGUGAAACAAGAGAUAAAGACACUGAUACAGAACAGGAAGAACAGCUUGAUGACAAGCAAUUAUUGAUACCUUCAACUUUUUAACAAGGAAAUAAAGACGACGGCCAGGAGAUAAAAAUGAAUUUUCCGACUAUGUCCUUUUUACCAGUUUUGUGGAACAUUGUCUUUUCUCAACGUGAAAAACAAUACCACGAUUCACACGUCGGCAUAUUAAAUAGAAAUCUCUCUACCGGACUUCCUAUGCUAUUUACAAACGAGAAAGUAUUCUGUAUAAACAUAUUUGGAUAUAAAUUAAUUGUUUUCUUACAUCCAGAAUCUGCAAAGGAAGUGUUACGAAGCAACAGUUUAACAUAUAGUGAUUCUACACAUUUCUUCAAGCCACUUCUCGGAGACAACAGUUUUUUUUUCAGUUCUGGCGAUAAUUGGAGAAAAAGAAGAAAAUAUUUAGCUCCACAUUUUCAUCUUCGGAAUCUGAAAGAUGAUCAAAAUGUAUUUAUGGAGCAUUCAAACGUCUUAGUGGAGAAACUCAAACAAUUGCAGAAGAAUGAAAUAUUCGAUAUCCUGGAACGGAUGAAAUAUUGCACACUCGACAUAAUUGCAGAAUUAUGACAUGUUUUCCUGAAUGGAUAGCAAAUCCAAUGUACCGGUUUUUCCCAAUUUUCUUCAUGAGUAAAAUAGGAAAAGAAUUCAAGAGGGACGUUGAAAUAAUUCAUCGUUUCGACGAGAAGGUGUUCAACAGAAGAAAAGAAAAAUUUGUGAAAAAAAUGCAACAACAACAUUCCUUAGAGAAAGAGAUCCGUCAUGAUGAAGAACUAAAGAUGAGAACAAAACAGUGUUUUAUCGAUUCUCUGUUGGAUCUUCACGUCAAACAAGGUUUAAUAUCGGAAGAGGACGUUAUCAGAGAUAUGGGAGCUACUAUUUUCGGAGGUUACGAUACAACCGCCCACACUAUGUCAUGGACUCUGUAUUUCUUGGGAAGAUUCCACGAAAUACAAGAAAAAGUGUAUCUCGAAUUGCAAGAAGUUUUCAAAGAUGAUAUGAAUAGAGAUAUUACGAUCGAUGACCUGACGAAAAUGACGUACUUAGAAUGCGUAAUUAAGGAGUCGAUGAGAAUCUAUCCUCCUUUUCCUUUAAUUGCCAGAAAAACCCCAUUGGAAAUGAAAAUAGGUAAUUACGUGUUGCCUGCAAAUUCGACUCUUGUCAUUAGUAUCUAUGGCAUCCAUCAUAAUCCUUCUGUUUACGAAAAUCCCGAAGUGUUCGAUCCAGACCGUUUUUUACCUGAAAAGUAUAGAAAUCUUCAUCCUUAUGCAUUUCUGCCAUUUUCUGCCGGUCCACGAAAUUGUCUCGGAAGUAAACUCGCCAUGAUUACAAUGAAAAUGGUUUUGGCCAAUGUUCUUCGUAAUUUUAAAGUAUACUCUUUGGAUCCUCAGGAUAAAAUCUGUAUCUCAUACGCAAUUAUGUUGACCCCAAUAUCGGGUAUAAGAAUGUGUGUAGAAAAAAGACGAAUUUUGGAAAAUUUUAAAUAACCUGAACAUUGCGGUAAUUUUUAUUACAAAUUUAUAUAAACAUAGGCCUAUAUCAUAUAAUCUAGACGGGUGCAUUUAGAAAAUGUAUCAAAAUAAUUUUACCUAUUAUU